CUUUGAUUCUCCAACUAGUUUGACUCCCUGCAUGCUUUGGACCAGUCAUUCAGCGUGCUGCCUAGCCAUGGCCUGUCGUCUUAUUACUUACUAGCUUCCUUUAGUAUAUUACUUGCUUCCUCAUUGGAGCCCCUAUCUCAUACGCGUGUUGCUUUCCACAUUCCUACGGAGUAUAUUCAUCAGAAUCAAUGUGACGUUGACCCUGGAUCGAAUCACACCCACCGCAAUACUCUGUUCAACCUCAACUCCGCAUCUUGGUCUCCACCGCUCUCUUUGUCCGGCCUGGCGCCCAAAGCGUCAUGUAUGCAUUUUCCACCAAGCGCCAGAGAGACCAGGAGCAAGAGGACUUCGAUGGAAGUGUGUUCCGAGAGACAAAGAAACACAGGUCUCUCCCUCUCCGCGCGUCCCCAAGUAUCCUCCAGUUUUCUCCCCUCCCACAGAGCAACCGGCUUGCAUCUGGAUUCGGUUUCUCAACUCUGACCCCGGUGGAAUCCUCAGACGAUGACAAGGAGGAUAAUGGCGCUGACAAAUUUGCCCAUCACGGUUCGACACAAACUCGGGAUCAGCCAGCACCAUUAGAGCAAGGGUGUAUUCCUAUAAUGAGCGCAAGCAUGGAUAUUGAUAAUGAAAAGGACGCACCAUAUUCGACCAAUAAUCUUGAUCAUUCCAACCCGGGGUCUGUCGAUGGAUAUAGCAAUUACAGUCUCCAGCCGUCGCCGAUCCCACAUAGUCUUGUUGACCAGUCGCUGGUUAUAAGUGAAGAGUCGACUACACAUUCUACGGAAGGGAACACUCCUGCCGCACGGAGUUCCGUCGUAAGAGAAACUGUGCAAAGCUCUACAUCAAAUACGUCACAGGGUGUCCCUAGAGGUCCGUACGCGAGCCAUGACAGGGUCUGGUGGUGCGGUCAACGCCUCCCCAGUCCGGUCAGUGACAAUGGCGACGCCAUGGCGAUCAGCAGCAAGGACUCUGUGAGCGACGCUGAUAUGACAUACAUGUCCCAACCAGCGUCUCCACCACCGUGGUAUUCAGAAACUACGCCAGAUUUGUCACAACCGCCGGGUUCGAUAGGCAACCCGACACGAGAGCAUCAUCUCUCCUCUUCCUCGAAGAAGAAGAAAGUGGCGCUUUCCAUGGGCUACCGAGCGGAUUGCGACAAAUGUCGGCGCAGGGUUCCAGGUCAUUACAGUCACAUCAUCCGUCACUGAUACACUUAUCCCCUUUCUGUUCUAUUUAUGUUUCUGUUUGCUUUCUUUGUUCUGCUUGACUUUUAUCACUUGAUGAGUUCAUGAUACCAGGCGCUAUGGAAGGGUAUGCACAGGGAAAGGCGGCUGGGUUGUUUAUACUAUGAUACCAACGGUUUUCGGAAUUGUGGGGCUUUACUGGCAUUGGCAUGACUUGCUUUGUAGAUGGGACCAGUUGGGAAAGAGCACUGGUUCGAAUGUAUCGGAAGAAUCAAAGCUUAUCAUUCGAUCAUGCACAUUGUUGUCUUUUCCCAAAGCCUUGGGAAUUAUUUG